UGUCCUCAGCCAACACUAGCAGAGGCAACACUCACCCUACCACUGUGAUAUCUGGGAGACCAAGCCGACUACAAGGCCGAACAGGAUGGAGUAUUGACAUUGGAGCGGCACCGAUGUGUGCCUACCGCAUGAUGGAGGGGGGCAUCGGAGGGCAGUUGUGUUUCAGGCACACACAGUUUGAGUUCAAGUGUCAGCAUGACUGUCGGACUGUGAGGUCACAAGAAGGGUCCUUAAUGGCCAACGUUAUGACCAAUGGCAGUGUACUGCUACAAUGGACACAUGACAGUUCUACAGCAGAGGUUCAUGGGGAAACUAAAGAGAACAUGGUUGGACAUGACAGAGAAAAACAAGAUACUGAAACUACACAACCGAAAGUGGAGAGACAGAGAGGAGCCUCGGGGGAGGCGAGGAAAACUCUGACCGCUCAACGAAAGAUGCUUUUGAGUGUACAACCGACCCCAAAAAGUGGGUUUGAGCUUAGCUGCUGGUGGAACGGGAGCUACACCCAGUUUGAGUGUACUGGUGUCCAUCUUGGAUCAGGCUGCAGAGACUUUUUGCUGAAUGAGUUGCAUGAAAAUGUCCCCUACCGUAUCUGUCUGCAUCCUCUGCCCUCCAUGGCUCUCUCCCCAGGCCCGGCCCAGAGGAGAAAUCAGAGAGACUGCGUGGAGUUCACCAUAACUCCCUCUGGGAUGCAAGACAUAGUGAUUGCCAUGACAACGGUGGGAGGAGCCAUCUGCGUAAUGCUGGUCAUCAUCUGCUUGCUAGUGGCAUACAUCACUGAGAACAUAAUGAGCCCCACUACGCAGCACACACACUCAACAUAUCAAACACACUCUCGGCAUUGAGGUUGUUAUGCAUUGUACUGUACAUAAAGUAUACACUGCAUGACAUAAAAAGUCACACACGUACAAAUGAACACCCUCAUUGUAUUGUAAUAUUACCCACUGUUUGCAUCCUAUAUAUCACGUCACAUAUACCUCAUAGUUAUGUCUUGGUUUCUACAGACUUCUUCUGUCUGGCCUGAGACAAGGAAAUCCUCGUCUGACACUUCCACACCUAUACAGAUCUCAGAUCUAUGUUUCACCACACCUCAAACACUACAAAAUUUGAUCUGAAUAAUUGUAGGUUAAUCAGAGUUUACUUUGAAAUUACAAACACAACAUUUCAUUGUGUAAGGUUCUAAUAUAAUGUUUCAAGAACUGUUUUUCGUGAGUAUAUUUUUCUGAAGUGUAUAUUAUUUAAACAUCCUCUUUAGUAAUAUGUAUUUAAGUAUCUUUACCGUAAACAUUUUACAAAUGUUCAGCAAUAUCUUACUACGCCAUAUGUGGGUAUGGUUUUAACCUAGAGUGAAGAAAGAUAUAUAGACAUCAUAUGAUCCAACAUUUUAGAAAGAUCCAUCUCAAAGAUGCACCCGCACACAAUAUGAUUGUCAUACUGCCUUAGCCGGAUUUCCUUGACUGUUUUUAUGUGUUGAUAAUCAUGUAAUUGUCAAUAUCAAGAUACGUUGGCAUCCAUUCUGCAAAAAAAAAAUCUUUAGAAACCCCACAAGUGCAGUGAAUAAAGAAUCCUUC